AUGUCCUUUGGUGUUCUUAGGAGCUUAUGCUUGAAAGAUAAAAUCUUUGUCUUCCUCAAUAUCUUCUCACCCUUUCUUCUAUCUAUCUAUCUAUCUAUCUAUCUAUCUAUCUAUCUAUCUAUCUAUCUCAGUAUGUUCAUAUUUAUCUAUCUAUCUUUUCUUUUUUUACAUUCUUCCGAGAAAGUAGCGACUGAAGCUUACCACAUCCUAUCUAUCUGUCUAUCUAUCUAUCUAUCUCAGUUUGUUCAUAUCUAUCUAUCUAUCUAUCUAUCUAUCUAUCUAUCUAUCUAUCUCAGUUUGUUCAUAUCUAUCUAUCUAUCUAUCUAUCUAUCUAUCUAUCUAUGUCAGUAUAUUCACAUCUAUCUAUCUAUCUAUCUAUCUAUCUAUCUAUCUAUCUAUCUAUCUAUCUAUGUCAGUAUAUUCAGAGCUAUCUAUCUAUCUAUCUUGCAUUCAUCUCUUUGUUUCUUCCUGUCUUUCUUUCUUUCUUUCUUUCUUGUUUCUUUCUUCCUUCCUUCCUUCCUUUCUUUAUUCCUUUAUUUCUUCCAUUCAUUUCUUUUUUUCUUUAUUUAUUCCAUCCUUUUUCUUUUUCCUUCCUUUCUUUCUUUUUUCUUUCUCUCUUCCUUCCUUCCUUUAUUUCUUUCUUUUUGA